AAAGUCGUGCCAAACACUGUCUACAGAGGUCCAGAUGUUCCAGAACUGUCUCAGUCGAAUUGAAGGAUCGCGUGACCCUCAACAGAGGCUAUCGUUGCAAAUGGGCGGCAAAGGAAAAGCUGAGGCUUCCGCAUUUCACAGAAAAUCGAGGGCCUCUAAAUUCACCGACGAGAAGAGUCUAGGGCUGCGGGCUGCCCAGAAAUUUGAAAUCGUUAAUAAGGAAAUUGAGGAGCUGACUGAAGCAAGUCGUAAUUUCAUCAGGGAAUGUGAGAACACUGUUGACAGUUAUCAGGCAACAAUCACAGAAGCUGAUACUUGCCUACAAGCCAUUAAAAAGGAUUUUGCAGAUUUCGACACAGACAUAAUCAAAGGGGGCGUUAAUCCGUUUUCACAUGCAAUCAAGGCUGAGAAAUGCGUCAGAUAUUUGGAGAAUAAAUUGAAAAACCUUGAUUCCACGAGGAAAAAACUGAUACUGAAGUACAACAGUGUCAAAACUCAGGAAAAGAAAGUCGUACUUCAGCUUGAGCAGAAAGAACAAAUCGGUGACGUACUACAUGGGGUUGACUUCGACCAGCUAAGAAUCAUUAAUCAGCAAUACAAGCAAACAUUUUCCGAGAGGACCAGGGACUUACUAAAGCUGAAACUGAUGACAGGAAACGCACAGAAAGCCCUUAACUUGCACAAGAGAACGCUCCAAGAUUUGAACAAAGAAUCUGAAAGGAUUCAGAACGAUAUUACAGUGCGCGUCGACUUCAUGAAAAGAGUUGAUGCAGAGGCAAAGGCUGUCCAGUCGGAGAUAUCCCAGGCUGAAAAGAACAACCACAAUCUUCGAACAAACAUGAGCAAAUACCAUGCUCCAACGAUCAUGGAGUAUGUGCUGGCAAACACGGACGCCCUCAGCCUACAGAGUGAGCUGAAGACUUGGGAGAGGAGAGUCAGAAUGUCAGAGAUAGCACUUGGAAACUACCUCAGAACUUGGGAGCGAAUGGCUAGAAUUCUUAAAAAUUAG